AUGUCAAGAACAUACCAAUACGAAAAAAAUGCACACUUAUGCACCAGUAUUCGCUAUCUUGAUCUCGCAUAUUGCUGUAGUAUUACUAAUGAUGUAAUUUUUCUGAUAACACAAUCGUGUCUAGAUUUGGAAUGUCUCGAAAUUGGUGAAUGUGCGAUAUGGCCGUUUUUGAUAUACAUUAUUGUCAAAAAGCUUGAAUAUUUUUAUAUUAGUCCUUGUAGUAUUUCAGAUUUAGCUAUUAAAAUUUUAUGUGUGGAUAUCAGCGAAAAUGCAGUUAAAAAACUUAACCCGAAUAUUAAGUUUGGCCCAUCAUAUUUACCUCAACUAAGUACGUAUAGAGCAGAUAAAUUAUCAUAUAGCAGAAACCCUAAAUCGAAGCAGUAA